AGUGUCUGAAUAUUUGAUGGGUGAUUUAGAUAGUUCAUCCCAACCAGUACCAAAAACCAGAUCAUGUGAUAACUUGUUAUCUACUGAAGGUGAAUGCGAUUCAUUUGUACGAGAUAAGAGAUUUGCAUCCACUCUUCCUCCUGAAGAAAUUGAUGCUCGAUUAGCAAGACUAAAUGAUGGUGUUGAUCUGGCAUUAAGGCGAGCUAAAGUCUGGUCAAAGUAUGCCAAGGAUGUUAUGACAUACAUUGAAAAGCGCUGCAGUGCAGAAGCUGAGCAUGCCAAAAACCUAGUCAAAUUAGCACAAACAAUGAGGCCUAUUCUUAAAGAAGAGAGUUUCCUGCCCUUUCAAUCCAUUUAUUAUAUGGCACUAGACCAGGAUUAUGACAAUGGGCAGACCACUUUAAAAACAUGUGCUGUUCUUCAAGGACACAAGUUUAUUGAGCCUCUUACUGCUAGGCGAAAUGAACAUGAAAGAUAUAGAAAACAAAUUAAAGAAACAUGGCACAGAGAACUAAAAAGAAUGCAUGAGGCAGUAGCAAAUCUCCGAAAAGCAAAAGCUCUGUACUUCCAGCGUCAACAGGAAUAUGAAAAAGCAAAAGAUUCUGCCUUAAAAGCUGAAAGCAGUGAAGGCAUGGAGACUAGUAAAGUUGAUAAAAAAAGGCGAGUUGAGGACGAUGCUUUACAAAAAGCAAUGGAAGCUGAAACGACCUAUAAAUCAUGUGUCCUAGAAGCAAAUGAAAGGCAACUUGCAUUAGAGAAAAUAAAAGGGGAAGUACUGCAACAGGUUCGUGAACUGAUUUAUCAGUGUGAUCAGACAAUGAAAGCUGUAACUGUGGGGUAUUUCCAGUUGCAGUCAACAUUAGCUGCUCAUGCACCUGUCCAGUAUCAGACUCUCUGUGAGAGCAGCCGCCUGUAUGAGCCUGGUACUCAGUACAUGGAAUUUGUAAAAAGGUUACCACAACCUACAGGAUGUAUUGCAAAUGGCACACUGCCUUUUACAUUUGAACCUUAUUCAUCAGAUAACAGGUUAGACAGAGUUAGAAGGUCUAAUGGUUCUACUGAAAGCAGUGAAGAUGUUAUUAACCAUAAUUUUUUAGAGCAUAAAUAUUCUGAUAAAGAAAAAAUAAGAAAUCAGCAGCCAAUAAAAGCAUGGGGUUCUCCUACCCAAGCUGCAGUUGGAAGUGAUUCUGACAGUAUGAGUAGUUGUCCUAGUAACAAAUCUCAAGAUACCAGUCCCACUGCUAGUCCACAUAUUUCAACAAGAAAAAUUGUUCAUGUUUCAUCUGGAGAUGAGCUGGAAACUGAUCAUGAUAAUGUAGAUGCGUUUGGACAAGCAAGGAGGCCAUGUAUGUCAAAAGCUGCAGAGACUCACACUUUUAGGCGCUUGAAAACUCCCUCUAGAUGCAGAGAAUGUGAUUCUUAUGUAUAUUUUCAUGGAUUCGAGUGUCUUGAAUGUGGUCUGGCUAGUCACAAGAAGUGCCUUGAGUCUUUAGCAAUACAAUGUGGUCGUAAACGCCUUCCACGGAAGAUGACCACUUUUGGAGUAGAUUUAACUACACAUGCAAAUGAAUCUGGUGAAGAGAUCCCUUAUAUUGUGAAUAAAUGUAUAGCAGAAGUUGAAGAUAAAGGCUUUUGCUUAAAGGGAAUUUAUAGAGUGUCUGGUGUGAAAUCUAAAGUUGAAAAAUUAUGUCAGAGUUUUGAAAAUGGAGCUGAACUUGUUGAUUUAGAUGGAGUGCAUCCAAAUGUAGUGUCUAAUGUUUUGAAAUUAUAUCUAAGACAACUUCCAGAGCCACUUCUGACAUACAGACUGUAUCCCGAUUUUAUCAAAGUUGCUAAGGAUUAUCCUGCUCAAAAAAGUGAUGAUAAUCUUGCUACUGUCGGAGCUGUUGAAGAUUUACGAAAACUGGUUCAACGAUUGCCACCUGUACAUCUGUCUACUCUUGCUUGCCUUAUGCAUCAUCUGCAGAAGGUGUCUCAGCAUUCAGAUCACAAUAAUAUGCCUCCUAGUAAUUUAGGCAUUGUUUUUGGUCCAACAUUAUUACGAACUAGUGAAGGCAGUGCUUCUCUUAGCUCUUUAGUUGAUACUGUUCAUCAAACCAGAGUGAUAGAGCUCUUAAUUUUACAUGCUGAUGAAAUAUUUGGUGCCUCUGCUAAAUCUCCAGCUAGUCAAAAAGAUGAUUCCUGCUUACAUAAGUUGAAAUCUAAGUCAUUAAAAUCCAGAGGUGGUAAGCAAGCACUCAGUCGGACAGUUUCUGCUUCCAGUCAAGCUAGUGACAUAGAGGAACAUCAUUCAGAAGUAGAUCAUCGUCGAGAUGGUCUAGUAGACAUUGAUGAUUAUCCUAUUCCUGGUUAUUUACCUACUGAUAAAAACCAAGAAAUUGAAUCUUCUCAUCAGAGUUCUGAUGUUACACAUUCUUCUGAUGAUCUUUUAUAUUCAAAUAUUAUAUCUGACGAUGAUUUUCCUGAAAUACUGCUAUCUGAUGACUCAGUCUUCAAGAAGUCAGCUACUUUACCAACAGUCAUUAAUCAGUAUUCGGAAGUAAAAUCUAAUGAUGAACUGUCCAGAUCAGGACAAUCUGCAUUGCAUAUGAAAGUGCAAGAAACCAGAGCUUCAUUAUCGUCAUCUCCAGCUGUGUCUGAAGCAAGUCACUGUAGCUCUGUUCUCAGGUCUACAGAUGAUGAAUCAAUAUCCGAUGCAGCAUGGAAGGAAGUAUUGCUACCUGUUGCUCCUCCCAGAAGAAAUACUCCAUCAAAUUUACAACUGAAUCAAAGUUUCUUACAUGGUUCUUUAGAAAGGAAGCAAGGCACAUCUUCUGUAUCAGAAUCUUCAGGUGUAUCAUCUGCUGCAUCAACAAGUCCCACUGGGGCUGCUGAAGCUAACCAAGGUGAUGCAGGAAAUCUUUAUACUUCAACUGCUGUUGUAACAUUAGCAGGACAGAAGAGCCCCUCACAGAAUUCUCGAACAUCUACUUCAUCAAUGACAGCAGAAUUACGGAGACAGUUUUUUGAAUUGCCUCCUCCACCUUCAUCUGCAACUCCUCCUCUUUCAUCCCGAAGUACUCAGUCUGAUGUGAGGUAUUCAGAAUCUGAGGGAGGAUCUGCUGUAUGCUGUCCUGACACAUCACCCAGCUCAAAAACCUUUGAAGGAAGUUGCGGUGCAACUGAUUGUAAAGCAGAAUCUGAAACAUGUUCACAGUGUCAAGGAACCUCUUGCAGACCUAGAGGAUCUAGUCUUUCUCAUGCAUCUGCUGACUCUAUUCCUUAUAAUGCAAUUUACGGAAAAGAAGAUAAAUCAAGUACAAAUUUGGAAGCAGUAUAUGCCAUGAAAGUAGAUGCUACUAACAGUCUGAUACUGAAUGAAUGUUCUGGAAGGUCAACUGAAAACAACAAAUAUGUUGAUUGCCAAGCUUUCACGUCUAGAACAGAAAGGUUUGAAAGAUUGGAUCAAGAAAGCAGAAAAAGGACAGAAGUCAUUUCAGUGAAACAUGUAAUGCAAAACAUUGAUAUGCCUCCCAGAGGUGCAGUUAUUGCUGACUUAGACUGUGUGAGUUCAUCAUCAGUCAUUUCAAGUAAAAGGCAUAUUGAGACGACCACCAUGUCUGGUGGAACUUAUGCAUCUGAAAGUCAGACUGUGGAUCGAACUGUACGAGGAAGUGAGAAGCUUUCUCCCAAUCGUCAGCCUCGCUUUGUUUAGCAGAAGUCGGUAUUUGUUGUUUUGUGAAGUCUAUUGCACAAGCUGCCUAAAAACUGUAGUAGGUUCUUAAACUCUGUGUUGUAAAUAUUUGUAUGCUUGCAUAUCUGCAGAUUGUGCUGUAGAAAAUUUGUUGUGUGUAUGUGCCAGAGUUGCAUUUUGUGAAUACCUCAUAUGUACAGCAUAAAAAGAAUCAUACCAAAUACAUGUUAACAUAUUUUUUAGCAAGCUGUGCCUGAAAAGCAAUUUUAAAUAAUUUUAGGUUGCAUUUUUGUUAUGAAAUGUGCAUUUUUAUUGUAUAGAUGUCUAAAGGUAUAGAAAUCAAUGCAUCGAAUUCACUGCAAAUAAACUUAGUCUUGUUUUUUUUUUUUUAAGAAUAUAAUUCAGGGGGAGGGGGAUUUUAUCUGCAUGCAUUAAAUUCUGUAUCGUGUGAAAAGAAUAUGCGUAGUAUAAUUUAUAAAUAUUGAAUUAGUUUUAAAGUAUCAAUUGUAAGCACUGGUAGUUAAUUUUCUUUUUUUUUUUUCCCCCAAAGAUAAUUCAUUCUGUUAAAAAAAGGGAGAAGGAAGCUAGAGCUUGUUAUCCAAUCAAAAUAUUAGAAAAUCGAAUUUUUAGUAUCCUCAGUUUCGAUUUUAAAGAAGUAUUUUUAACUACUGAAGCAGGAAAAUGAUUGAAAAUUUCUAAUUAUAAAGGUGUAUGUAGAAAAUAUUUUAGAUAUACAAUGUUGCUUUGUUUUUAUGUAAAUGAUAUAUUAAUUUGGCAGAAUAAAAAACAUAUAAAUCGUCUUAACUUGAAUACAAGUAAAUUGUUUUAAAAACAUUAAGGAAUAUUUAUGUCCAUUUCUUGAUUAGACUUUAUGAAAUAUAAAUUAAGUUCCUUGUGUCAACCCAAAAUAGAAAUUAUGCUAUGCCUUCUCUCUUUUUCUGAACAUUAGAAUAAAUAUGUCUUGCUUAACUUUUAUUGAUGAGUAAUCCUGCAUUCGAAAAAGAACCUUGCUUAGUAUUAAGUUUGUAAGAAUAUUUAUUUUAAGGUUAUCUGCUUCCGUAACCGAAACUACAGAAAUUGACUUAGAUAAAGAAAUGGAACAGAAAAAAAACUUUAAAUUUUUAAAUUGAAACAGAAAUUUGCUUAAAGGAUAGUGCUAUGAAAUAUUCUGCAAUCUGAAUAAAAAUAGUCAUUGUUUUUAAAA